CGGUAAAUCAAGGCGAUCUAUCAAUUCUUCUUUUCGCUUGUGUGCAGAUAGACGUCCGCCUUUUAUCUUUACUGGAUAAUAAACUGGCCGAAGAGUCACCGGUUGCAAUCCCAGCUCCAUUCGGCGGAGUAUACCGCUAUAAUGGGUGUUUAUCACGAAAGUGGACUUAAAAACAGUUUUCGUGCUCGCGGAUUUAGAUAAAAAACAACACGUCUUGACGCCCGCUAGCUAACAUUAGUCCUCGCCACUAUCGUGUGGUUUUGGUGUUGCCUUGGUGAGAGUCUUCAAACGAGACAGAUACAAGGUAUAUUACUAGAGACACUUCAAAGCCACAAACAUGUCUGGGGCGUCUGUCAAAGUCGCCGUUCGGGUUCGGCCCUUCAACUCCCGGGAGAUGAGCAAGGAAUCAAAAUGUAUCAUUCAGAUGCAAGGCAACACUACAAUUAUUGCAAACCCCAAAGCCCCAAAAGAACCAGCAAAGACCUUCAGUUUUGAUUACUCCUACUGGUCACACACUACGCCGGAAGACCCCUGCUUUGCAUCACAGAACCUUGUGUACAAUGAUAUUGGCAAGGAAAUGCUGGCGCAUGCUUUUGAGGGCUACAACGUCUGCAUCUUUGCUUAUGGCCAGACAGGAGCUGGCAAAUCCUAUACCAUGAUGGGCAAGCAGGAGGAGGGGCAGGAAGGAAUUAUUCCCAUGCUCUGUGAAGAUCUAUUUGAGAAAAUCAAUGAGGACAACAACAAAGAGGAGCUCUCCUACUCAGUAGAGGUCAGUUACAUGGAGAUCUACUGUGAACGAGUGCGAGACUUGCUGAAUCCUAAGAACAAAGGGAACCUUCGAGUGCGAGAACACCCGCUACUGGGCCCCUACGUGGAAGACCUGUCCAAGCUAGCUGUUACCUCCUACACAGACAUCGCUGACCUAAUGGACGCAGGCAACAAGGCCAGAACUGUGGCUGCCACCAACAUGAAUGAGACCAGCAGCAGGUCCCAUGCUGUUUUCACCAUUGUCUUCACGCAGAAGAAAUAUGACAGUGAAACAGACCUCUCCACAGAAAAGGUCAGUAAAAUUAGUCUGGUAGACUUGGCAGGAAGUGAACGAGCAGAUUCCACUGGAGCUAAAGGUACCAGGCUAAAGGAAGGAGCAAACAUCAACAAAUCUCUCACCACGUUAGGAAAGGUUAUCUCUGCCCUGGCUGAAGUGGAUAACUGUACCAGCAAGAGCAAGAAGAAGAAGAAGACUGACUUCAUCCCGUACAGAGACUCUGUUCUGACAUGGCUGCUGAGGGAGAACCUCGGUGGAAACUCGAGAACAGCCAUGGUAGCUGCCCUCAGUCCUGCAGAUAUCAACUACGAUGAAACUCUUAGCACACUCCGCUAUGCUGACCGAGCGAAGAACAUCAAAUGCAAUGCUGUCAUCAAUGAGGAUCCCAACAAUAAGCUGGUGCGUGACCUGAAGGAUGAAGUCUCUCGACUGAAGGAACUGCUCCGUGCCCAGGGCCUGGGAGACAUCCUGGACAUCGAUCCUAUGGGGGAUGAUUGCCCAGGAAGUGGAAUCAAAUACCUCAAAGACAUUCAGAACAAUAAGAAUAGAUACUUGAUAGCCUCAGAGAACCAACGCCCUGGCCAUUUCUCCACAGCCCCUAUUGGUUCCCUGACAGCCUCUCCAUCCUCUGGCUCACUGUGCAGCCAGGUGGGCCUUCAGUCUGUCACCAGCAUCCAGGAGCGCAUCAUGUCCACCCCUGGAGGAGAGGAGGCUAUCGAAAGACUCAAGGAAUCAGAAAAGAUCAUUGCCGAGCUCAAUGAAACAUGGGAAGAGAAACUGCGAAAGACUGAGGCAAUCCGCAUGGAGAGGGAGGCCUUGCUUGCAGAGAUGGGUGUGGCAAUCCGUGAAGAUGGAGGCACUUUGGGGGUUUUCUCGCCUAAAAAGACUCCACACCUGGUUAACCUGAAUGAGGAUCCUCUCAUGUCAGAGUGUCUACUCUACUACAUCAAAGACGGAAUUACAAGGGUGGGUCAGGCUGAUGCUGAGAGACGACAGGACAUUGUUUUAAGCGGUGCUCAUAUCAGGGAAGAGCACUGUAUCUUCCGCAGCGAGAGGAAUGCCAAUGGAGAUGUUAUCGUCAUGCUGGUGCCCUGCGAGAGAUCGGAAACCUACGUCAAUGGCAAGCGUGUUGAGGAUGCAAUCCAGCUUCGUUCGGGUAACCGUAUCAUUAUGGGAAAGAACCAUGUGUUCCGGUUCAACCACCCAGAACAGGCCAGAGCUGAAAGGGAGAAGACGCCAUCUGCUGAAACCCCCGUGGAGCCGGUGGAUUGGACCUUUGCUCAGAGGGAGCUUCUAGAGAAGCAGGGCAUCGACAUGAAGCAGGAGAUGGAGAAAAGACUCACUGAGAUGGAAAUCUUGUACAAAAAGGAGAAGGAAGAAGCAGACCAACUUCUGGAGCAACAGCGACUGGAUGGAGACUCUGAUAGUGGGGAUGACUCAGAUAAGAGGUCUUGUGAAGAGAGCUGGAGACUGAUCACUUCCUUGAGGGAAAAGUUGCCCCCCAGCAAGCUACAGACCAUAGUGAAAAAGUGUGGAUUACCCAGCAGUGGGAAGAGAAGAGAGCCAGUUAAAAUGUACCAGAUCCCUCAGCGGCGCCGCAUCACCAAGGACUCCAAGUGGGUGACCAUCUCUGACUUGAAGAUCCAGGCAGUCAAAGAAAUUUGUUAUGAAGUAGCGCUCAAUGACUUCCGCCACACACGACAGGAAAUUGAGGCACUGGCCAUUGUAAAGAUGAAGGAGCUUUGUGCGAGCUACAGCAAGAAGGACCCGAACGAGCGGGACUCGUGGAGGGCGGUGGCACGAGAUGUUUGGGACACUGUAGGGGUUGGUGAUGAGCGCAUUGAGGAUGUCAUUACUAAUGGGUCUCGACCAGGAGGGGUUGUUAUGGAUGACCUUAAGGUGCACAUUGAUAAACUUGAGGACAUCUUGCAUGAGGUAAAAAAACAGAAUAACAUGAAGGAUGAGGAGAUCCGGGCUCUCAGGAACAAGAUGGUCAAAAUGGAAAAGGUCCUUCCACUCAUCACCCCAGAGGGCCAAGAAAAGUCUCCCAGCAUAGGCACUGCUACUAAAGCUGCCAUAACUCCAAGCCCUCAAGACGGAAAACCUCCUGUUCCUAUAAAGCCUGAUGUAGAGGAUGGAGAUUCACAAACAGGCCAAGGUACAGGAGACGACUCAACCCUAAAGCGUGGAGGCCACAUGCGUUGGAUACGUCAAGAGCAGUUACGUCUCAAGAACCUUCAGCAACAAGAGAUCUCCAAGCAGCUCCGCCGGCAUGCCGGACCACAUCGCUUUAUACCCCCAGAAGACCGCAAGCUACGCUUCCCCUUCAAAAGUAACCCUAAGCACCGCAACUCGUGGAGCCCCGGUACUCAUAUCAUAAUAACAGAUGAGCAGGUCAUUGAGCUAAAAGUGCCCAAAGAAGCCGUAGAGGAAGAAGAGGGAGAAAGCCUGGCUAAAGAAGGAGUACAGUCUAGAGAACAGAUGGCUGCUUCAGUUAUCCAAGUCACUCCUCCAUUGCCAAGCCCAUCAGUUCCGCACAGGAGCAAAGACUUGGAGCAAGGUUUAAGCCAGGGCCACAGACAUAACUAUAGGAACAACCAACAUCAGCAGCCCCAUGAACGAGGCCGCAGCAACUCUUUUAAUCACCGCCAGCGGCCCUCUGGUUCCAUGGAGUCACUGCAGCAGUCCGAAAGCAACCGGAAGCAUACGCAGGUUUUCUACCAGCCCCGCCACCAUCAGAACCAGCCAGCACAUCCCCAGCCCCACCAACAACAACAGCCAUGCCACUACACUAGCAUGAUGUACACAGAUGGCAGAUUCAAUGGCUACCAGCAGUACCAUCACACUGACCAUGCUAACCCUCCAAUCAACUUUCAGGCACCUCCACGAAUGCGCAGGCAAAUGUCUGCUCCUAAUCUAAAAGCCAGCAGAGAGACGACAGUCUGAGUGAGACUCAUGGAAUGAGGAACUAGUAUAAUGUACUUUUAGUAGGCAAAGACAUUACAGAUCACAACAGCUCAGAAUCAUGUGAGUCAAACAGCUAAAACUGACUGACUUUUGCACUUGAUCAGUGUGUUAUUGGUUGACCCAAAAGUAUUGUAUGUAUUAUAAAAAAAAAAAAAAGACAUUUAUCAUCAUCACAAUAUUUGCCGUUUUAUCAGUUUUUGCUGCGUUGUGUGUCAUCACUUGCAUUGGGAGAGCUAUCACAAGGAAUUGAAGCAAACAGAUGAUAAAGGGACUGCUUUUUUUUUCCCAGAAGAGACAUGCCAUGCCUACUCUGUUCAUUUUUCAGCAUGUGUGACAAUUCAUUAAUCAUGCUUUGCCAAAAUGAUCUUCAUGGUUGAAUUUCUGAGUUUACAUCUUUGCCAUUUUAAGUAUUGAUUUAUUGUGAAUGUUUUUUGCCACUACAGUAUAAACACAUUGAAGUGUCACGUUUUCAUUAAGACUUCUGUUGUCAGUAUAGCCCACAUUAGGAACAGAAAAACACCCAAUAUUUAUUUAUUUCAACGUACCAUGUAACUGAAUGUUAGGAUGGAAGAAUCGGUUCUCCUUGCAUGCAUCAUAAAUCAUCAUUAGCCUAGAACUAAAAUCAGAAGACCAGUAUGUUGGACAUUUUAAAGUUGAUUAUGGAAUAAUUGGAUGCACUAGUCAAUUGUUUUUUCUUCUAUCUUUUUAAACAGACUGAAAUGGUGGUCAAAGAAAGUGGUAUUUUGAAGUGCCUUUUUAUGCACUAACAAUAUUAAUCCUGCUCUGCAGUUAAAAUUCAAUAUUUUUUCCUCCUCCUUUUUAAUUCAGUGCUCAUACACAAGGGUUCAGCUAACAUUUGCAAAGGAAAAUUCAAAACCUGCCUAACCAAACUAACCUUUUAGUAACAACACACUGAUUUAUUCAAAGUAAGCCACUUAAUUGCUCAGUAUGUUGCACUUCCUCAAGUCAUGGGUAAGCUCUAUAAUUACUGAAACCUGUAUGCUACUGUAUACUCUUUAUUUUUGAAUCCCUUCAAGAAUAUACCCAUAUGUUAUCUCUCUCUCUCUCUCUCUCUCUCU